GAUGGAAUCGUGUUAGGUUUUUGUUCUUAUUUGCUGUUAAUCAUGUAGAAAUGUUGUGCAAUUCAUGAUUCUUAAUGUUGAUUCUAACUUGUUUUGAAAUUUUAACAACAUGGGUUUGGUGGAAAUUAGAAAUGCCCAAUAAGAAAACUGAUGAUUCAAGAAAGCAACUCACUGGAUUAGAUGGUGAUAUGUAGGAUAUGAACUUUGAAUUUAGUAUAAUCUGUUAAAGUUUUUGAAUUUGUGGCUUAAAUUUUAAAUUUUUAGUUUACUACAUGUUAUAGAUAAUACCCAAGUACCCAUUGAUGAUUCCAUUUUCUAGGGUUUGUGAAAGAAUGGUUUUCUUACUUUGGUUUCCUUCUCAAUCCUUAAAAUAAGAUACUAAUUUUUGGAUGUUGUUUAUGCUUGUUAUUCUUUCUCUACUCAAGUUAUAUGACUUUAUCUGAGUACUGGGAUUUUCUGACUUGUGUUGUUACUACUAUAAUAGGGUUUUUGUGCUUUCUUUUUUUUCUUUUUCUCUUGACUCUUUGUUUCAAUUAAGCCGCUUUCCAAAAUACGAGUUUUUGGUGGUUGUUGUAAACAUUGCAUUGAUUCUUUAAUAGCUAGCUCAAACACUUGAUUACAUGCUCGGAAUUAUAGGAACUUGACAAAUUGACAUUGGGUUGAAAAUCUGUUGAUUGACUGGCCCAUCUUUGGCUGAGAAUGGAUUUCUGUUAGGCCUCUUGAAAUGGGCAUCCACCUUAUUAGUUAGCAGCUAUCUAGAGUUUUGAACUUUUUGUACUCAUCUUUUCCUUGCGUUAGAGGCUUUGUGCGUAAUUUGUGUUUGGUGUUGGAUGCUUUUCAACCUAGGUUAUUGUGAGUUGAGAACUUGAGAUGCAUUCAAUUUGUCUAUGCACUGUUGGUGCCUUGUGGUUCGUGUUUUUACCCAAAAGAUAAGAUUCUUGGUUGUAUCUCUUUACUAGUUGUCACAAAGAAUGAUCUUCUUGUCAAAUCAAAAUAUGACAUGUGUGGGGGAGCAUGAGUCUGUGUGCUUGAGUUUCUUCUCAAUCUUUGCCUCCCUUUCCCUCGCACUUCCCUAAACUUAUGGUUGUUCUGAUAAAUUUUCCGAGUUUUGGUGCCGAAAAGUGCCAACUUCAUGAGUUCUAUGUGUACAUUUGCUUUCCUUACCAUAACAUUUUUGACACUAAUAAAAGAAUGAAGCACUAAGUGACUUAUGAUUUUGCAAGGAUAGCAACUUCUAUUUGCUAGGCGUUAGGGUUAUUUUGGAAACACCCAGGUCGAAGUGUGGCGUCACAUGCAUUCAUAUACAAAGAUCAUGUCUGGUCUUUGAAAAGGUUCAGUGUGAAUAGAUACAUGAUGUAGUUCUGCUGAAUAAUGGUGGAACAGAAGCGGGACUAGAAAAGGUUAUUGAGUGCUCACUUUGGAACGCAAAGCUAUGGAGGUAAAACCAACUGUUGCUAUGAGGGCAAUGCUUGUGGGAGGAAUAGCUGCUUUUGCAAAAAUAGCGGGUGCAAUGAAAGCUGCAGGGGGUGUAAAGUUGGGAGCAGCAGCGGCUGCUAUGACUGCAGCAGCAACAGCCGCUGUUACUGGAUCAAAAAAGGAUCAACCAGACACUUCCAAGCCGCCUGCCAAGUGACUUCUUUCAUUCAUUUUUUCUUACAAUUAUACGUUUUUGGUAGCUGGCAAAACAAUAAUACCAAUGAGUAUGUAGAAUAGGUAGCGUUCCCAGAUUUUUAUGGUUGGAAUGCUUGGAUUGUAUAGCUCAUGGUUCCCAGAGUUUGCUGAGAAUGAACUAGUCUCAAUUACUUCGCAUGAAGUAAUUAGUUCUGUUAUGUGACUGUAUCUGUAAAAGGAUGUGUAAACCAAUUGAAAUUGGAGGAGUUUUUAUACA